AUGCAAGGAAGCCCCAAGCGCCUUGACUCACGGUCGGCUCCGAUGCCUUCUUUACUGAGCCUUUCGGAGGCCGGUGUCCGAUGGAAGACGGGGCACCUUGGUCAUCUUGGCGGGAUCCUCGACUCCGACGCCUCCGUGGGCGCUGCGCAGGCCGUCGAGCGAGCAGCCGUGGCCGCCGGACCGCUGUCUUCCAGGCUGGACAGCUUCGGGCUGACCAAAGAUCUACUGGGAGCCCCCAGCGCCGAGAAGCGCGUGGAUGCAGAGCACCAGGACACCAAGAUCCACUCCAUCAAGGUCUGUCCAGAGGUCGACUCACUGAUCCAACAGCUGGCCACCGGCAAAGGAGAGUUUUUCGACUACGUGGACGAUGCCUCGACACAAGAGGUCGGCUGUGUCCUUUGUAAGCGGAGCCUGCACGACACGGCGCUCUACGAAGGACGUCAUGAAUUGAAGGUCUUGCCUUGCUUCCACAGCGUCUGCGCUGCGUGCCUUCAGAGUCUGGCAGCCAACAGUGAAGGGGACGCCUUCGACUGCCCGCAGUGCGGCCGUCGGACGCAGAAGAUGCAAGCGGUGCAUCAGUACCUUCCUAACUUUGACCUGCUGCAUGCCAUCGAUAGCCAGAAGGUGGCACAGAGCGACUUCCCCUGCGAGGAGUGCAUCACAGGCAACCGAGCGGAGUUCUACUGCGAGGAUUGCAUCAUGAAUCUUUGUGAAAGCUGCACCUCACAGCAUCGCCGAGCGCGGGCAUCGACGAACCACGUCCUGGUGAAGCUCGUGGAAAAUGUGGAAAAUAAGGGCGAGAGCAAGAUCUUGCCGGAUCAGGUCCGGAAUAUGCACCGAGCACAGUUCUGUGCCAUUCACCGAACCAGCCGGUAUGACUUGUACUGUGAGGACUGUGAGAAGCUGAUUUGCCCGGAGUGCGCAAGAACAGACCACCAGCAGCACAGGUACAAGAUUCCUUCGCCUUCCUUGUUCGAGGAGCACCGGCAGCGCGUCCGAGACAUCAUCGAGAUGCUGUGCAAUCAGCUCCUGGACGAUCAAGCCUUGCUCAAGGUCAUGAACCAGAGCUGGGAAUCGUCGGAACUGGCCUGCAUGCAGGCCAGGGCCAACAUCGCCGCGGCCUUCGACGAACUCCAGCAGGCUGCCGAGGAGCGCAGCGCCGAGCUGGCCCAGCAGAUGCAGGAGAAGAGCCGGGAGCGCAUGCGCGUUCUGGAGGAGGAGAAGGUUCGAUGUUCCACUGCCUUGGCAGACAUUCUGCGAAUUAUUGACUUUGUGGAGAAGGUGAACCAGCAUGGCACCGAUGUGGAGGUUCUCUUGGCUAAGAGCCACCUGUCUCGCGAGCAGAUCAUCACGCAGAAGGUGCAGGAGUGGAGCCGGCUCUGCCAAGAUGCCCCGCCGGGCUUCGAAAGCAGUCUCGCGGAGGCUGGUUGGUCUUCCAGUGCUGAGGCAGACGCCAUGCUGCAGUCCCUCGCCUCCUUCGGCUCCGUGGUCGUCUCCCCGUCUGUUUAUGAGCCCGGCUACACGGGUGGUCCACUGAAGAUCACCGAUGGGAAGAAGUGGGCCGAUCUCUUUGAGGAAGCAGAGGAAGCGCCGCAGGCCAUCGUGCAGGAGUCCUCUGCCGUGGAGGUCGAAGCACCGGGGGAGGAGCCGCACUCCGAGGCGGAAGCGGACGAGGGCGCUGAUACUGCAACUGCACAUCGCCGGCGCCGGCGACGCCCGCGCCGGAAGAAGACCCCGGAGAAGCGGACGCCCUCCAACGAGCCGGCAUGGGUGGAAUGCAGCAAGCCCACGGAGGCAGAGAUUACGCGAGCACGAGCUGACAUCGAGAUGGAGCCGCAGAAGGUGACCUUGGAAGAUGCCUCCGACCAGGAGGUGGCCGAGGAACUCCCCGAUGCGCCCGAUGCGCGGCGCCGCCGCCGAAGGCGGCCCCGCGGCCGCGGUGGGAAGCAGAAGCUGGGAGUGCAGGAGGAUGCGGCCACAGAGAUUGCGGAAAGGUCCUGA